GUCACGUAGUUCCUCUCUUUUUCCUCAUCGAUCAUUUGAAUCUUACCGACCUCUGUAUAACUAGAACUUUAGCUCACUCUGUGGAAACACGUGUGUCGCUCAGGAACUCUCCUCAGGGAACCAGAACUACUUAGCAAAGGGAUUACUUGCGAAUUUUCUGGAAGACUAUCAAAUUUAAUAGCUCUUGAAAAACAUUCAGCUAGUUUGCAAGAUGGUUGUUUUUACCUGUAAUGCAUGUGGAGAAUCUGUGAAGAAGGGACAUGUUGGAAAACAUGUAAAUAUAUGCUGGAGCUGCCAGUGCCUUUCCUGUAUGGAUUGUGGCAGAGAUUUCUGGGGUGAUGAUUAUAAAUACCAUGUAAAGUGUCUCAGUGAAGAUCAAAAGUAUGGUGGCAAGGGUCAUGAAGCCAAAACCCACAAAGGAGAUAUGAAACAGCAAGAAUGGAUUCAGAAGAUUCAUGAAGCAAUACGGGAAACAAACAUUAACCCCAAAGUUAAAGAUAUUUUGGAACAGAUGUAUGCAUAUGACAAUAUACCAAGAAAGAAGCAGAAGUUUCAGAAUUGGAUGGCCAACAGUUUGAAAAUACAUAGCACUGCUCUACAAGACCAGGUGUGGAAUAUUUUUUCCGAAGCUACCAGAAAGGAGACAGUUGAAAACCAAUCUGCAAAAAGUGAAGUUAUGUCAAUGCCAUCAGAAGAUACUAAUGUGAAACGAGAGGUUACAAAGCUAAAGAGAAAAAGGGAACAAACGGAGGAAAAGAGGAAAAAGGAAAAAGAAUUAAGUUUACAGCCUCAACAAGAGAGCACUGGACUUUUAAAAUGCAAGAAGUCAAAAAGAGAGGAACUGAGUUCAAAAAAUUCUGAAAGCAAUGGUCUGAAGAUGACAAAGCAGCAGAGAGUUGAUCCAGCUGUACUGGAAGUAAAUGGAAAUCGUCUUAAUACCAAAGAACCAAGAACCAAAGCGAAUAAGAAGAAAUGCAAGCGUAAUGUCUCAGAAAGUGGAUUUUCCAUUGUACAAAAAAAACCCAAAAAUUCAGAAACUGAAGAAAGAGAGGAGGAGCAUAGAGACAAUUAUAAGUUCAGCUGGAAAGGAACCAUAAAAGCUGUUCUGAAGCAGGCACCUGACAAUGAAAUAUCAAUUAAGAAACUAAGGAAAAAGGUUUUAGCCCACUAUUAUGCAGUAGCAGGUGGCCAUCAUAAAUCUGAAGAGGAAAUUUUGGCUUUGUUUAAUAAGAAAGUCAGCAACAAUCCUAAGUUCAGAGUAUUAAAGGAAAAAGUUAAACUUUUAAAAUAGAAUUGUGGUCAAAUGAUCAGAUUCUGUACAUUUUAUCCAGUUGUGUUAUUGGAUGUAGAAAUUAUUUUCAUGUUAUAGCAGCAAAAAAGAGCUUGUAUUUUAUUAUGAGUUCCUUUUGUUUUACUUCCCAUUUAUAUUGAUAAACUAUAUUUAAGUGACGAAAAGUUUCAUUAAAAUCUUUCUAAUAUUGUU